AUGGACAAUACAAAGUACCACAAAGGACUUCCCGAUGACACGCCGCUGGGCUCGUGGCGAAAGGUCGAUUUCCGACUCAAACUUGAGGUGGCUGCUCGCGUCCUCCCGGUCGUUGUUUCCAUGGCUCGUGCUCGAGGCCACGAUGUUGUCUUUACCCCGCCCCACCAUUCGGACCUACAACUUAUCGAAAUGGUGUGGGCCAAAGUAAAGGGUGACGUCGGCGUGCAGUAUACCGUGGACACUACCUUUGCCGAUGUGCGUCCUCGCUUGGACGUGGCAUUUGCACAGUUCCACCUGUCGUCAGAUGGAAUUGUAUUCAACACUGUGAGAAGCUUGUUGCAGACCUGUACGACUUGCUUCUUGCGAACGACGGUGAAGAUGAAGGAUCGAUCAACCACCACAAGUUCAUCAUCGGACACCAGUGACAGUGACUCCGACUUGUAA